AUGACAAGAUCUAUUCUUGAACAUUUGGCAAAUGAAAUGAUUUAUGAAAUAUUUGAAUAUCUUGAUGAUUAUGAUGUUUAUAAUGGUUUUUGUUAUCUUAAUAAACGAUUUCAACAUUUAGUUCUUUAUUCAAUUUUUCCAAUUACAAUUAAUACACCAGCUGUGUCAAAAUCAAAUUUUCAAGAUUAUUAUAGAAAUAUAGUUAUUCCAAAUAAACAUCGAAUUAAUGUACUUUCUUUAUCAAAUCCAUUUGCUGUUGAUAUUGUCUUAUCAUCACCUCCUAUUAUUUCAGAUUUUGUUCGUCUUGAAACAUUAAUUCCCAUGUCGCAAAAACCAGAUCAUUAUUAG